AUGUCAAAUAUAAAUUUAUUUCCUGAAUUGGACACUGAUCAAGGACAAGAACAAGAAUAUAAUAAUGGUCAUAAUGAUUAUAAAGAAGAAGAAUUAAUUGUUUUUGGUUAUUCAUGUAAAUUAUUUCGUGAUGAUUUUUCUGCAAAAGCUAUUGAUCGUGGACAAAGUCUUAUACCAUGGAAUGGUGAUGAAAAUGUUAUGAUUGACAGGUAUGAUUGUCGUGGUCAUUUAUCGGAUUUAACAUUAUGGGAUAGUGAUCUAAUACGAAAGAAAAACUUAGAUAAUAAUAAUGAUCAAUAUUUAAAUGAAGAAGAAAAACGAAUUGAAGAAGAAUGCGAACAAGAAAGAUAUUUAGAAUUAUAUAGAGAUAUUGAAAAAGAAACAUUACAACAAGAAGAAGAAUUAAAACGAUUUAAUGCUGAGAAGAAUGCUUAUAAUCAAGUCGGAUUUUCUUAUCAAGAAUUACCUAAACCUAAUGAAUCUUCUAAUAAAAUAGCAGAAGAAACUUCACCAGCACUUGAUGAUGAUGAUGAAUAUGAACCAUUUUAUCCAUCAGAAAAAUUACAAAUACCUUAUGGAAUGGACAUUCCUGAAUCGAUAAAAUUGAAUGCUGUUAUUGAGAAAACUGCUGGUUUUGUUUCAACAUCCGGUCUUCAAAUGGAAAUAGUACUUAAAACAAAACAAGCUAAUAAUCCUCAAUUUGAUUUUCUAAAAUAUGAUCAUUAUCUUAAUCCAUAUUAUCGUCAUCUAAUAAUAAUGAUUAAAUCUGGAAAAUAUCGACCUAAUGUUGAUAAUAAUUCUAAUACAAAUAGUCAAAAGAAAAAAUCGAAUAAAAAUGGUAUUGAUCAAAAUAGUAGUCAUGAUGAAGAUGAAACAGGUGAUUCAUAUUUACAUCCACUUUUACGUGGUAGUACAAAUAGUGAUAAUUCAAAUUCAAUAAAAAAACCGGAUGAAACAUUACGUAAACCAGCGAUACCAAUGAAUAUUCAUAAUACAGCAUAUGGACAAUUAAUUAAAAAAUAUGAACAUCUCAGACGUGAAAAAGCGAUCAAAGAAAAUGAUGAAGAAAAAAUGUCACCAAAAUUAGAAGAUAUUAAAAAUGAUGAAUCUUCACCCAGAUCAGAAACAUCUUCCUCAACUAGUGUCAUUCCACCACCACCUGAUGUCAAACCUAUUAUAGAUAAAUUAGCUGAAUAUGUUGCACGUAAUGGUUCAACAUUUGAACAAUCAAUUCGAACAAAAAAUGAUCCUCGUUUUGGAUUUCUCGAACGUGAUCAUAUACAUCAUAAUUAUUAUCAACUUAAAGUACAAUUAUGUGCACAAGAACUUCUUCGAAAAAAAAUUGAAGAAAAUCAACGUUUAAUUGAUAAUAAUGAACAACAUAUACAUGGAAAAGGUAUUAAAUUAGUAUUAAAAACAAAUACAGAAGAAUCACUAACACCUACAUCAUGUCGAGAAUUUUAUUCAGAUGAAGAUUCAAAUUCCAUGCAACAAAAUGAACAAGAUGAUAAUGGUGAAUUUAUUGGUCCUCGUCCACCUUCACCUGAAUUUCUUGAAAAAAUGCGUAAACAAGAAGAACGUCAUGAUCGUGCUAGUGGUUUUGUACGUGAUAAAAUUGUUCGUGAUAAACAAGAAGAACGUAAACGAAAAGUUGAAAUGCUUUUACAACAAUUAAAAAAUAAAACAAAUGAACUACCGCCAUCGACAACAGCGACACCACCACCACCAUUAGCAAUAACAACGGAGUCGAAUGAAAUAAAAAAUAAUUCAAAUAUAAAUCCUAUACUUGUUGAAAAAUUACUGAAUGUUAAAAAUGAAUGUUCAUCAUCAUCAUUAAUAACAUCUCCACGUCAAUAUAAUCGUUCUAAACAUUCAAGAUCAACAUCAAAAUCUCGCCAUCAUUCAAAAUAUUCUCGUCGAUCAAGAUCAAAAAGUAAUCAUCGACGAACAAGACGAUCAUCACAUAAACGAUCACGUACACGUUCAAAAUCACGAAAUCAUCAUCGUUCAAAAAAAUCCAAAACUUCAAAAUCAUCGAAAUCUAAUCGUGAUCAUCGUCGUCAUAGACAUCGACGUCAUCGAUAUUCAUCAAAAUCAUCAUCAAGAUCAAAUUCAUCCUCAACAUCAAGAUCAUCAUCAAAUUCUUCAUAUGAUAAAAAAAAGAAAAGAAAACUAAUGAAUAAUGAUGACGAACAACGACAAAAUCAAGAGAAAAAAAAUCCACAAUCAUCAAAGUGGGAUCAACGAGAACCAAUAAAAAUUAAAAAUGAGCCACCAUCAACUGAUACACCUGUGUCUGCUUCAUCGUUAUCAAUGAACACUGAAAUAACGUUAUCGAACAGUACUUCUUCAUCUUGA